AUUUGUUGAGCACUUUCUCUGCUACGCGAGGCGCCGCGCCGCGCCGAUCUCAUUUCUCUUGUUGGUUUGCUUUUACUCGAGCUCGUCGGCGAAGAUGGCGUCGACGGCAACUGAAUCCGUGCAGUGCUUCGGCAGGAAGAAGACAGCCGUCGCGGUGGCGCACUGCAAGCGAGGCCGUGGCCUGAUCAAGGUGAACGGCGUCCCCAUCGAGCUGGUGAAGCCGGAGAUCCUCCGCCUCAAAGCAUUCGAGCCGAUCCUCCUCCUCGGGCGGCAGCGGUUCGUGGGAGUUGAUAUCCGCAUCCGCGUCAAGGGCGGUGGUAAGACUUCCCAGAUCUAUGCCAUCCGCCAGAGCAUCGCCAAGGCCCUCGUCGCCUACAACCAAAAGUACGUUGACGAGCAGUCCAAGCAGGAGAUCAAAGACAUCCUCGUGCGCUACGACCGGACCCUUCUCGUUGCUGAUCCCCGCCGAUGCGAGCCCAAGAAAUUUGGUGGUCGUGGCGCUCGCGCUCGUUUCCAGAAAUCGUACCGGUAGAUCCACAGGGCUCAUCUCCUCUAGUUGGCCGUCAAGAGACCUACAAACGAUUCCGAGCAUACUUCCCCCCUCAUAUCUUGCCACUGCACUAAUAGCUAGUAGUCAUUCAUGAUUUAUCUCCUCUGUAUUGGCCUAGGGACGAGUUGGUAGUGGCGCUGGAAGUGAAUGAUUUGCCUUUUGUCACAUGUAUAGAUGAUUUAGAAGAUUAGUUAUGUUUGGUUCUGUUGACUUGUUAUUACAUUGAAUUGAAACUUCAAUUUUUUUUUUUAACUUGCACUUUUAGUAUAAA